UCCGAGCUAGCUGCGCUGAUUAUGAGAUGUAAAGUAAUUUUCGCCAUUUUGUGAAUUCUGGCUCCAGUGGGAAGGUAUACUCGAAAGCCCUGUUCUGUCGGUGGAGGAAAAUUGGCGCAUUGUGAAUUCACAUAUUUCAAAUUUCAGAUUUUAUUGAAGUUACCUUUGAAGUUUGGCAGCGAAAGGGGGUCACCAAAGUGGCGAGAAAGAGGCAAACGUGAACCGGUUCGUUGGGUGUUGGUCGUCGUCUUUUCUGAACGUCACUGUUGCAUUGAUUGUGUGUGCACGAGGUACAUUCAUUAUGGACUGACAUCUGUGGACAAAAGUAGGAAGUUCGUCGUGAGUUCGGCCGGUAAAAAGGCCCCUGAAACGCCACUUUGUUGGCGUUUAAGAUUGUUCCCAAUUUUUCUAGGGUUGUUUCCAACUCUUCGCUGAGAAGCCAAGGGCUUCUUCGGCGGAGGUUUGGGCCGAAUUUUGCAGUCAAGAUUGCGAACCGCAACGUGAACAGCGACAAAAUGGCUAUGAGCCGUGCACGUGUGUAUGCCGAUGUCAAUACACACAGACCAAGGGACUAUUGGGACUACGAAUCCCAUGUUGUCGAGUGGGGGCAACAAGAUGACUACCAGAUAGUCCGCAAGCUUGGUCGUGGCAAGUACAGCGAGGUAUUCGAGGCGAUGAAUGUCAUCAACAAUGAGAAGUGUGUGAUCAAGAUUCUCAAGCCCGUCAAGAAGAAGAAAAUCAAGAGAGAGAUCAAAAUUCUGGAGAAUCUCAGAGGAGGGCCUAAUAUUAUCAACCUACAGGCAAUUGUCAAAGAUCCUGUGUCACGCACACCUGCACUUAUAUUUGAGUAUGUCAACAACACAGACUUCAAGCAACUGUACCAAACUUUAACAGAUUAUGAAAUCAGAUACUACCUUUUUGAACUACUGAAGGCUCUCGAUUACAGUCACAGUAUGGGGAUCAUGCAUCGAGAUGUCAAACCCCACAAUGUCAUGAUUGACCAUGAAAACAGAAAGCUUCGCCUAAUUGAUUGGGGUUUAGCCGAGUUCUACCAUCCUGGACAGGAGUACAAUGUCAGAGUGGCAUCUAGAUAUUUCAAGGGGCCAGAAUUGCUUGUGGAUUACCAGCUCUAUGACUACUCGUUAGACAUGUGGAGCCUUGGCUGCAUGCUGGCCAGCAUGAUAUUCCGCAAGGAGCCUUUCUUCCAUGGCCAUGACAACUACGACCAGCUGGUGCGAAUUGCCAAGGUGCUGGGCACAGAUGAACUCUACGAGUACUUGGACAAAUAUCAAAUUGAGCUGGACCCAAGAUUCAAUGAUAUCCUUGGAAGGCAUUCACGGAAGCGAUGGGAACGGUUUGUGCACAGCGAGAACCAGCAUCUUGUGAGUCAGGAGGCACUGGACUUCCUAGACAAGCUGCUACGAUACGACCACCAGGACCGUCUGACUGCCCGGGAAGCCAUGGAUCACCCCUACUUCUAUCCUGUUGUGAAGGAACAGAACAGAUCUUUACCAGCCAUGAUGAAUGUACCAGUGUCCACGUCCAUCAUCUCAACAGCUGCUCCAACUAGUACAUAUGCCACCAACACAUCUUCGCGAACAAUGACAGCGAUGCCCACUGGAUCGCCCAUAAUAUCAGCACCGACAGCCCAACCCAUCCAGCCGAUCCAGAACGCCAGCCCCGCGACUGCUGUUGUUCCCUAGUCUGUCAUCGUGUUCGCAGCCACCAACUUCAGAUCUUAAGAACACACCGUAGAUGAUUGUGGGGAUUUGUUCCCUCCCUUUUUCUGUUUCUCAGCAAGUCAUACAAGUUCAACUGAGUGGUUAAACGGGAAAGCACGCGGUAUCGUACCUAUACUCUAUGGUAGUUGUAGAAAAAUGUACGAUUUUUUCUGAAGGGAGACCUGACGAGCAGAGUUUUGCAGACUUUCACCACGCUAUUCACAAAGCACAGAAUUAAUUGCCUCGUGAAACGGGUUUAGGGCAUUUUAUUUCUGUGAGCCUAGUUUCAUGUUGCAGAGGAAACCAUUAGUUAACCGUAUCCAGGAGUCUGCCAAAGUUUUGAUUUGCUGUAUUGGUAUGUCUGGUUGCUAUGUUUUUUGCUUGGGGAAAAAUUUCACAGCUAGAGACUUGCAGCUCUGUUUCCAUCAAAUGUUUACAAAUACAGUUGGUUUUUUUUCUUUUUUGCUUCUGCAAAUGAGUUUUCAUUUGUCAGCAAACAGGUUCAAGCUGUCUCUCUAAAAAGUGACUGUAGUGUUGCUAUCCUUAAUGGUAAUUUGAAAUUUGAUGCCUGAUUCUUUGACCACAAUAACCAGUUUCCCAUUACUGUUGUACAUUCUGAAACUUGCACAAGUUAAGCCAAUUUUGUUGGUCUUCUAAAGCCCAUGUUCAUCUUGGAGAGUGUACUUUGAGAACAAAAUGCAGACACCAAUAUGUACCGGUACUCUUUGGUUUACCCUGCAAACGGAACAGUUUCAGUUUUUUUAAUGAUCUUGUUCUUUUUGCAUUGUUUUGUCACCAUUUUUAUGGCCCAUUUUGAUUCUUCUGCCCAGUUCAGAGUGUUGAGAGGUUAAAGUCUACUUUUUUUCCACCCAGAUGUACAAUAUGUUGCAUUCGCUUUCCUGAUCAGAGUUAAUUUACAACAAUUUGAUAUCCAAGAAUUGAGGCUAGUGAUCAUGACAAAAUAUUUCAGAAUCCCCAUUUUUUCCAAAUAACGUACAUGUAGGUACAUUUCAUUGUGUGGUACUGUUUGUAUUCGUUACUUGCGGAUAAUAUUUAAAAAGGACACUAACACGGAGGCAAAAGGACUAAAAGACUUCACAGAAAUUAGUUAAUAAAUACAACCAGAGUCGCUUUAUUUGUAACCUUGUUUUGAUUUGAAACGUCACUUGCGACUUUCGUUAAUAUACCCAAAUCUGCAUCUUUGCUUUUGUGAGGCAAGGAAAUAUAUGGAGUUUACCACAGUUGUGUAAGUUUAAAGUGAAACAUCUAAUUGGUGGAGAAAAAUAACACCAGUUUGUAAAUCAGAACUAAAGUUUGUAACUUAAGUAAAAUAAUCCCAAUAACCUGAAUAGAGAUAGACUAGAAGAAGUAGAGUUUUAACAGUACAAUAGUUUUCCAGUAUUCAGGUGAGAUGAGUUGGCGUUGUUUAGAUUUGACACAUGCUCCUCUAGAAAAGGGAGGCUUCGUCUGUUUCAACUGUUAUUUCAUCCGCAGAUUGUCCCAGUCACAUUUUGGGUGAGCUGCCAGAAGUUUCAAUGUAUUCUGAGGUGCCUGUUUUUUGAGCAUGCAGGUACUGAUUGAAGUGACAACAGCUCUGCCCCAACGCUGCCGCAUGCAUCGUCAGCCAUACAUGUAGGUCAGAGCCUGCUCAGUAAACCAUAAGUGCUCUCGGGCACUCGGGUAAAGAGGAUGGUGAGAAGGGGGAGGGGUGGUGUGAGUAAAACUGCCUGCCAAAACAGGGGUGGAUAAACGGGAGUUGCCUUGCACCUACUUCCACAGCAUGCUAGCUUUGCUGUAAAUAAACAUGCUACAAUACGUGUUAAUGGACACUGGUCGCUGAUGACCUGGAAUCGUUUCUGUCAAAGCCCAUGCCACUGUAAUAGUCAGGUGCCUGGCUGGCUACAUGUAGAUAAAUUCCACUCCUCACAGGUAAUAUUCUUACUUUUUGACGGGUGGUUGGUUUGGUAUUUCUCUAUCAGCCUUUUGGUGGCUGGCCUGUCCGUUGGAUUUGUGUUGAGGAAAAAACAAAUGUAAAAUUGAUCCGAGUACCUGGGUACCAAGGGGAAGUACAACAUGUUCAAAGUUUAUUGAUUUGUAUGAGAUUAAGACAACACUGUGUGUAAUGAGCACACUUAUUACUGGCACUGGAAAUCAGUAUUUGUACUCGGUAAAGUCAGUCAAUUUGUGUUUGAUGUAAUGCGGGCUUUAUUUAACACUUGGGCCUAUUUUGCAAUUUGAAGAAGAUAAAGAAUAAAGUGCAUCUUCGAUGAUGUUGCGCUUGAAUCACUUAAA